UGUUACGCUAAGCCGAUGACCCGGAUGUGCAUCUUCUGUACGGUUCGAUAUCCCGGAAGCGUUCGGCUUGUGGCUUUCUUUCUACAGCCAUCUUGGAUCUAAACUCCACACAAAAUGCCUGGUGAAGCCACAGAAACUGUCCCAGCUGCAGAGCAAGAACUGCACCAGCCCCAGGCUGAGACUGCACCGUCUCCCUCUGCCCCUGGGGCAGAGGCUGCUGCACCCACAGAAGGGGCAGUGGCAGCUGAGGCGAAAAAAACUGUCACCCCGAAUGCCAAGGUGGCAAGUGAGGCUUCUCAGACAGAUGCAGCAAAGGCUGAAGCCGCUGGGGACUCGUCAGACUCCAAACAAGGAGUCACAAAAAAGAAAUCUUCAGAGCCUAGCAAACCUGGAAAAGUAAAGGGGAAAUCUUCAGAACAUAGCCUCAAAUCUAGAGAGAGAAAAGUGUCAGAGUCCAGCCCCAAGCACGGAAAGGCUAAAGCUUCAGAGCCCAGCCCCAAGCCUGCAGAGGCUAAAGCUUCAGAGCCCAGCCCCAAGCCCGCAGAGGCUAAAGCUUCAGAGCCCAGCCCCAAGCCCGCAGAGGCGAAAGCUUCAGAGCCCAGCCCCAAGCCCGCAGAGGCUAAAGCUUCAGAGCCCAGCCCCAAGCCCGCAGAGGCUAAAGCUUCAGAGCCCAGCCCCAAGCCCGCAGAGGCUAAAGCUUCAGAGCCCAGCCCCAAGCCCGCAGAGGCUAAAGCUUCAGAGCCCAGCCCCAAGCCCGCAGAGGCUAAAGCUUCAGAGCCCAGCCCCAAGCCCGCAGAGGCUAAAGCUUCAGAGCCCAGCCCCAAGCCCGCUAAGGCUCCAGAGCCCAGCCCCAAGCCCGCCGAGGCUAAGGCUCCAGAGCCCAGCCCCAAGACUGCAGAUGUAAAAGUAUCAAAAGCUGUCCCCAAACUUGGAGAAAAGAAAGAGAGAGCUGCAGGGGCUAGCCCUAAACCAAGUUCUGCUCCGUCUCCGACUGACAGCACUUCCCAAGGAGCAGCUCCAGAAUCCAUUUCAUCUGCUGCUGUAGCAGCGCCUAGCCUUCCUGUUGCUGAGGUGCAGAGCCCAGCAAAUAAAAGUGAGGGCCUCUCCCCUCAGCCUGCUGCAGAGCUAAGUGCCCAAAGCCCUGCAAAAGUGCUAACUCCUUCCCAGUCUUUGCCAACUCCGGAGCCUGUUUCUUCUGCCCAGCCUGAUUCUGUUUCCCCACCCCUUGCCCCCAAAACAUCCUCCACUGUAUUACCAUCGGCACCUUUGCCUCUUACUGUGGAAGAGGACGAAAUGCCACCUCUGAUCCCCCCAGAAGCUCCACCUCAAGAACAUGCCUUCCAUCCAGUCAUGGUGGACUUUGGGUCCCCUAAAGUGGUGCAAACUCCACCAGUCAAGGAGGCUGUGUUGAAGAAUGAUAAGGGGUCUGGAACAGAGUCAGACAGUGAUGACUCCCCACCUGAGCUGGAACAAGACUCCACACAAACCACCACACAGCAGGCACAGCUUGCAGCAGCUGCAGAGAUAGAUGAAGAACCAGUAAGCAAAGCAAAACAGAGCAGGAGUGAAAAGAAAGCAAGAAAGGCUAUGUCUAAGUUGGGGCUUCGCCAGGUCACUGGAGUCACAAGAGUCACCAUCAGAAAAUCCAAAAACAUUCUUUUUGUCAUCACAAAACCCGAUGUGUACAAGAGCCCGGCAUCUGACACUUAUAUUGUCUUUGGAGAGGCUAAGAUUGAAGAUCUUUCCCAACAAGCCCAGUUAGCAGCUGCAGAAAAGUUCAAGGUACAGGGAGAGGCAGUCUCAAAUAUCCAAGAAAAUACACAGACUCCUACAGUACAGGAAGAGAGCGAAGAAGAAGAGGUUGAUGAGACCGGCGUGGAAGUCAAGGACAUUGAGCUUGUUAUGUCACAGGCUAAUGUGUCCAGAGCGAAGGCUGUACGUGCGCUUAAGAAUAACAGUAACGACAUAGUAAAUGCAAUCAUGGAGUUGACGAUGUGAGUGACCAGAAAAUCCCCUUUGGUCUUGAGCAUUGGUCGGUGCAGCUGAAAUUGAGAUUUAUACUAUUUCUAAUGAUUUAAUAAAGUUGUGGCUUAUUGUUGGUGACUUA